CAGCAGUUCAUUCACAACUAUGGGAGCCGAGGUGGAAAAUAGUGACAUUCAGCCAAAAGGAGAAGUUCAGCUUUGAGACUUUGUGGUAAUUUCACAGAUCGGAAGUCUAUGGGAAUAUUUGAGUGCCAACAUCUCUGAAGGAAGCCCGUCGUCAGUGGUUUUGGCGGAUUGACUUUUCCACGAAGUAGUAAUGGCUACUGCAAGGAUUGAUUAUGUUGCUCCAUGGUGGACUUACUGGCUGCACAAUUUCCCUCACUUCAAUUUCUUUUUCCAGACGGUCGACAGCACUUUCAAACCGGAGGAGGCGAGCUAUCAGCAGUCUUUGAUAAUUCUAGCAUGUGUCGGUGCAGUUGGUCUUGGGGUGAGCCUGCUGGUUCUGGCAGUAUACGUGGUGUGCUUGUGCUGCUGCCGCAGGGACAUCGAUGAAGACACCAAAAGGCCUGAUACCUGCUGUGUCACCUGGGUUGCCGUCAUCACAGGUCUCAUCAUAUGUUCUGCUGUUGGAGUGGGUUUCUAUGGGAACAGUGAAACCAACGAUGGGGUGUACCAGAUGAACUAUUCACUCUACAAUGCCAAUCGCACACUGGGUAACAUCAACAAUCUGGUUGCAGGCUCACUGGGCAAUGUGGAAACUGCACUCAAACAGCACCUGGAACGCCUGGAUGAGAUCUUUUCUACGAGGCCUGACUACCUCCAAGCUUUACGUUUUAUGCAGCUGAUGGUCAACAAUGUCAUCCGUGAGCUGACGGUUCUUCCAGACAUCAACAAAACCAAUUUCGACUUGGCAGCCAUUGCAGACCAGACAGCCUUCAUUGAGUAUUACAGAUGGCUGAUUUAUUUGCUGCUACUGAUCCUGGAUCUGGUUAUCUGCUUGGCCAUGUGCUUGGGUAUGGCCAAGCAUUCUCAGUAUCUGCUGAUCAUGAUCAUUGGUUUUGUUAUACUGUCUCUGAUUCUGAGCUGGGCCUCACUGGGAGUUGACACUGCUACAGCUGUGGGUAUAAGUGACUUUUGUGUGUCUCCAGACAAGUUUAUUGUCAACCAUACCAAGGAUUUUCUAAGUGCAGAUGUUGCACACUAUUAUUUGUUUUGCAGUCCGAAUCUACCAAACCCGUUUCAACAGUCUUUGACAACUUGCCAGCGCUCACUGACUACCAUGCAAAUCCAGAUUCAAGGCUUGCUGCAGUUCUCUGUGCGGGUCUUUCCCACUGCUGAGAGAGACCUUUUGGGAAUCCAACGACUAUUAAACUCAACAGAGUUCAGUCUACACAAGCUAACAGCCUUGCUGGACUGCCGUGGGCUACAUAAGGACUAUCUUGAUACCCUCAUGGGUGUGUGCUAUGAUGGGGUGGAAGGGCUCCUCUACCUCUCUUUGUUUUCUCUUCUGGCUGCCUGCGCACUCUCUGCCAUGCUGUGUGUAAUUUUCCGAGUGUGGACACUAAUGGGCAGCAGGGAAAAGGAGUACGAUGACAUAGAUGAGGAGGAUCCAUUCAACCCCCAAGCUCGUCGGAUAUCCUAUAACCCCCGAAGGUCCAACACGCACAGUUUCUGUAGCUAUACCACAAGCCUUGGCAGCCAGGCCAGCCUUCAUCCACCUCCUCAGUCAACUUCUAGUGUAAUGUCACCCCCUGAAUACAUGAAUCAGUCCAUGCUGUUUGGAGGAACCCCUCGGUAUGAGAAUGUACCACUGAUAGGGAGAGGAUCCCCGCCUCCCUCGUAUUCACCCAGCAUGAGAGCUACCUAUCUAUCCAUGACUGAUGCCCAGAUUAGACACUUUGGGACUGAUUUUCAGGUGUAGCCUGCUGUCUACUGAAUCCCUUUCAGUGCUUCAUCUGAGAUGCUAAGCUUCAACCGACAAGGCUGUCGUCACGGUAUAACUCUGUUUGCAGGAGUGACAGCCUGCCGUCCCAAUCUGAGACAUUAAAGCAGGCAAUAUGAGGUAGUUGCCUCACUGACACACUAAUGCAGUCCCUGGAAAGCACGGAAAGUUUUUAAUAUAGAGGACUGUUCAGUUUCAUCUGAAGGCUGUUGUUGUUGUCGUUAUCAUGGUUUAUGGAAAUACUGUUGCUCAAAUGUAAGCUUUUCUAUGAACCAAAAUCCACAGUCUUUGAACUCUUUUCAGUAUUCUGGUGGUGUGCAUGGAUAUAAUCAUCGGUCAGUAUUUUGAUGUAAAGUGAGUGGCUGACUUCCAUCAUGGCAUUUGAUAUUUUUUUUUUAUUAUUAUUAUUAUUUUUUUUUGCUUUAUCCCUUCUGUUUGGCAGCAAUAUCUUUUCUUUUUUGUCCUUUUUGUAAUUUCCAAGGGUGCAGUUUGAAAGGAUAUGGGAAAAUAUGAAUGAGUUAAUAAAACAAAUACCAAGUAUUAUAGUUUUGUUUUCAUUAGCCAAAGAUGCCUUUAACAAAAAGUCAGGUGGGCAUAGAUGAUAAAAUAAUAACUGACUGUUAUCACUAUUAAAGCAAAAUUGGCCAUACAAAUAAUUAUAAAGAAACUUUGGAAUGCAGAACUCAAUGCUACUAGUUAGCUUUUAAAGAAUAAACUGAAUAUGCAAGGAACAUUCUCUACUUUAUUAAAUAAAUCUGUGUUAUGUCUGUUUUUUUUCAUGUUUGCUAAUGUAUACAGAAAGUCUCAUGAUUAAAUGCUAUAUUCAGA